AAGAGCCGAAAUUGAUGCUGUGCCUUUAAGUGACAGGCGCGGCCCUGCUACAUUACGUCACGGCCGCGGCCGCCAUUCCUCUGUCCAGACAGUUGGAGUGGUUUUGCGUGUGCACGGCCUCCAGCUUAGUAGCAGCAUAGACCGGCAAAAUCAUGGCGUCUCUUUCAAUGGCUCCCGUUAAUAUCUUCAAGCACGGUGCUGAUGAGGAGAAGGCGGAGACCGCUCGCAUGUCCUCCUUCAUUGGUGCUAUCGCCAUUGGGGACCUUGUGAAAAGCACUCUGGGACCAAAAGGAAUGGACAAAAUCCUAUUGGGCGGUGGCAGAGAAGGCUCAGUCACAGUGACCAAUGAUGGAGCUACAAUCCUGAAGGCCAUCGGAGUGGACAAUCCUGCAGCCAAAGUGUUGGUCGACAUGUCCAAGGUGCAGGAUGACGAAGUGGGCGAUGGCACCACCUCCGUCACCGUGCUCGCCGCCGAGCUGCUGAGGGAGGCGGAGCUUCUCAUAGCGAGGAAGAUUCACCCCCAGAUCAUCAUCGCUGGCUGGAGGAAGGCCACUCAGGCCGCCCGCGAGGCCCUCAAGGAAGCAGCAGUGGAUCAUGGGAACGACAUGGUCAAGUUCCAGGAGGACCUGCUGAACAUCGCCCGCACCACCCUGUCCUCCAAGCUGCUGACGCACCACAAGGACCACUUCUCCAGGCUGGCCGUGGAGGCCGUGCUGCGGCUCAAGGGCUCAGGGAACCUGGAGGCCAUCCACGUCAUCAAGAAGCUGGGCGGCAGCCUCACCGACUCCUACCUGGACGAGGGUUUUCUGCUGGACAAGAAGAUCGGUGUCAACCAGCCCAAGAGGCUGGAGAACGUCAACAUUCUCAUCGCCAACACCGGCAUGGACACCGACAAAAUCAAGGUGUUCGGGUCCCGGGUGCGAGUGGACUCCACGGCGAAGGUGGCGGAGAUCGAGCAGGCCGAGAAGGAGAAGAUGAAGGAGAAGGUCGAGCGAAUUCUGAAGCACGGCAUCAACUGCUUCAUCAACAGGCAGCUGAUCUAUAACUACCCCGAGCAGCUGUUUGCAGCAGCGGGAGUGAUGGCCAUCGAGCACGCAGACUUCGCGGGAGUGGAGCGUCUUGCUCUCGUCACAGGGGGAGAGAUCACCUCCACCUUCGACCACCCCGAGCUGGUCAAGCUGGGCCACUGCAAGCUGAUCGAGGAGGUGAUGAUCGGAGAGGACAUGCUCAUACACUUCUCCGGCGUGGACAUGGGCGAGGCCUGCACCAUCAUCCUGCGCGGCGCCACGCAGCAGAUCCUGGACGAGGCGGAGCGCUCGCUGCACGACGCCCUCUGCGUGCUCGCCCAGACCAUCAAGGAGACGCGCACCGUGUUCGGAGGGGGAUGCUCUGAGAUGCUGAUGGCCAAGGCGGUGACGGAGCUGGCCAAUAGGACGCCGGGGAAAGAGGCCAUGGCCAUGGAGUCCUUCGCCAAAGCGCUGGCCAUGCUGCCCACCAUCAUCGCGGACAACGCCGGCUACGACAGCGCCGACCUGGUGGCCCAGCUGAGGGCUGCACACGUGGAGAACAAGAUCACCUCCGGCCUGACUAUGUACCCAGGGCACUGGAGCGACAUGGCGGAGCUGGGCGUCACCGAGAGCUUCCAGGUGAAGAGGCAGAUGCUGCUGAGCGCCGCCGAGGCCGCCGAGAUGAUCCUGCGCGUCGACAACAUCAUCGGCCGCGCCCAGGUAGGCCCCGCCCCCUGACUCCGCCCACCGCUCACUCCCAACGGUCCGCCGCUCUGCCGAGUCGGUGCGGAGAGAGUCGCCAUGUUUUUCCCCUCAUCAUUUCCUGAUCGCUUUUUUUUUUUUUCUUUUUCUUUUCCAGAAAACGAGUCCCAGACCACCACCCAUGCUAGUGACUCCAGGAGAAGCUGUGUGGGGGGGACGCUGGGGGGGGACCAGGGGGGUCUGGGGGAGGGGGGAAGUCUGUAUUUAUCACCUCUGAGGCCAGGCCAUUACCGAGCCAAGCAGGCAGUCCUUAUUUACUGUCCUUCACUCCGGGGCUGCACUGCUGAAUAAAGUUCAAUAAUAAGCACUUCGCUGAUUACACGUACUCAAGUAGCCAUUUGUUACGUGUAAUAACAGGUUUAUGCCCAAUAAAUAAGGGUUUAUAAUCCAAUAAACCUUUAUUAAUGAGCUCAUUUGCUUCUUUUUUAAUGUCGUUCUGUUCCCAUACUAGGCCAGUGCUGGUAAUGACUGAAGGGAAUUUGCAUGAGUCCAGGAAAUCCGUGUCAUCUGAGGUGCAAGUCCUUUUCUUAAUGUUAAGUGAUGCUUGCAAGUCACCCAUUACAAAUGUAAAUGACUGCCUGUAAGUGUUUUUUUUUUUUUUGUAAAGCAAAAAUGCAGCCUUAAUGAAGUUAUUAUUGAACGUUAUUCUUGUCAGUGCAUUGUGUGCAAGUGCCCUGGAUGUUUUGUUGUAGGAGUAAAUUACCGACGUUCAAGAAAUAGUGUUGCUGACUUUGUUCACUGAAUUAAAAACUAAUAGUCACA